AUGGCACCCACUGAUACACAUCUCAUGUCUCCGCCACCAGAGAACCUGUUGGAGACCACUGCUACACCUCGUGACAGCAUUACUAACGAAUUGAAUGAUGACGAAUUCGUCGCUUCCGUGGAAACAAUGGAAACUGAUCACCAGGACCCUGAUUCCCUCUCCACGAUUGUUGAGGAAGCAACGAGUCAACCGGCAGAGUCCUCUCGACCUCGCCGCGCCUCAGCCCAGCGACCACCUGGUCACUACCGAGCCGCCAGUGGCGUACGCUCCUAUGCUAAAAAGACUUUUCUAUCUGCUGACAUUCCAGCUUCACUAACUUCUCGUCAAUUCUCUCUCAGCGUGCUUUCUGCUACUGCCCUUUCGAAAGUCCUACCCGACGGCGUGGUGAUCCCGAAGUCCUACCGUGAGGCGCAGAAGAGCCCACAGUGGCCCCAGUGGGAACAAGCCUUCGAACGAGAGAUGACUCAAUUCACGGAAAAGGGGGUUUACGAAGUCGUUUACCCACCACGUGACGCUAAAGUCCUGCCCGGCAAGUGGGUAUGUGACAUCAAAACCAACAAAAACAACGAAAUCGUGCGCUACAAGGCCCGAUAUGUGGUUUGUGGAAACCACGAGAAAGGUGACUGGUCAUCGCAAGAGGUUUACGCUGCAGUUGCCUCUGCCACCGCAACCCGCCUUUUCUUCGCAGUUGUCGCACUUCUCGAUCUUGAAUACGAAGUAUAUGAUUUCGACACUGCUUUCCUAGCCGCCUCGAUUCCAGAGGGGGUUAAGGUGUACGUCCGGCCCCCCGCUGGCUACGCCACUGCAGACAACAAGGUUUGGCUGCUCCACAAGGCACUCUAUGGAUUGAGAAAAUCACCACUUUGGUGGUUUCGACUUAUCAAGGGUGAAAUGGAACGAAUUGGCUUCACUGCUGUUGAUGGGGAGGUUUGUCUCUUCGUCAAUCACAAGAUUAAAGCGUACGUUCUUAUGUACGUCGACGACAACGCCAUCGCCGCUCCCAACAAGCAAGUCAUGAUGGAAGUUCGUCGUCUCCUCGAGAAGGUCUGUUCUCUUAAAGACCUCGGCGAGGCUACCGAUUUUCUCGGUUUCCAGAUUGAACGCGACAGAGCUGCCGGUAAGAUUUUCGUUUCCCAAGCCAAGUACGCAAAAGCAGUGCUUCAACGAUUCGACUUUGAUGGUUUGAGUGCUGUCAAGACGCCUAUGGCGACCACUGACGAUCUGCCCGUCACCUGGGACAAGAACGAGUGCUCGCUUGACGAACAACAACUUUACAUCGAACAAACCGGCUGCCUUAACUUCCUGGUGGCUGGAACUCGCGUUGACAUGGCCUACACCGUCAGUAAAUUGUCACAGGCGAAUUCAGGGCCUUCUAAGGCCCAUCUUCGUGCUAUUAAGCACUUAUUCCGAUACCUCAAGGGCACCGUUUAUCUCGGUAUUGUACUUGGAGGCAUCCCCACGAUCAACGAGUUGGGGCUCUACGCUGCUGCAGAUGCCUCUUUCGCUGACAACAAGCCAUCACGAGUCUCGACAGGUGGUUACGUCGUCUUCCUCGCUGGUGCGCCGAUUGCUUGGAAGUCAAAGAAACAGACUUUCGUGACUUUGAGCACCACGGAGGCUGAAUUCAUCAAUCUCACACCUACGGCAAUUGCUGUGAAGUGGAUCAGACGUUGCCUCUCCCAACUGCUCGGCAAACCCAUCACCACGCCUACUAUCAUGUUCACUGACAGUGCCAACGGCUACGACAACGUCAUGAACCCACUCAACGAGGCACGAACCCGCCACAUCGACGUCCGAUACAAAUGGAUCAUACAGGAGGUUCACACUGCGAAAAGCAUCGAACUCCGACUCAUCAAGGGCGCUGAUAUGGCCGCCGAUGGACUCACGAAGCCACUGGUUGCGGUCAAACACAAGGAAUUCGUUCGUUUGUUGGGCAUGGCGGAGGGAUUGGAUUGA